AAAGAAGAUAGUGAUUUAAUUUUUGUAAUUUGUCAAUAGUUUUUUUUAAGCUACUUAUUAAAAAAGUUGAUUCUUGAGCUUGAGUGAACUCAUUAUGAUUUAAAAGUGAAUUAAUAUUAUUUUCUUCUUUAUCUACUACUACCACUGGUACUGGUUCAAUCAUAAAGUCAACAGGGUUUUUUGUAGCGAAGUUGACACUAACUAACAAGGAACUAGAACAUAACUGUUUAACAGAAAUUGUGUCUUGAUUUUGAUCAACUAUUGUAUUAAAAAUUGUUAGCAACUAAAACAAUGAAAUAUGGAGAUCUUUUGGCAACAUUAAAAUUGCUACCUACAGAGUAUAUAAUAACCUUUGAACUUUACCUAACUGAUAACUCUAUCGCUUACACCAACAUAAUUCAUUUUACUGCAAAUUUAUGGUAUGGAAAAUUAGAAGAUAGAAUUCCUGCUAUUUUUCUUUCUCAAAAAUGUAUUCAAGUUAGCACACCAGUUAAUAACAAUGCUUUUAGUUUUUAUACAGGAGUACUUAAUGUAAAGAAAUGGAUAAAUGUAACAUUAAGCCAGCUGUUGGUUUCUCAAAAAUAUAUUCAUACUUUUCAAUUAGAUGAUAAAAUUAUUGGCACAGCUAGUGGUAUUAAUGCAAAAAGCUUUCAGAAUGUUAAAAUCUAUGCUAGUAAUGGCUACAAUCCUUCUCAACCAGGUUACAUAAGAAAUCUUGUUAUAACAAAUGUUUGUAAAGUAACUGAUGUAAACUGCCAACCUUUACUUGAUGUAAUAUUAAAUGGAACAUUGCUUGAAACAAUAUUAAAUAUCACACUUCAAAUCAACUAUGCAUAUGAAUCUGGUGAGCAAGCUGUUGGCGUAACAUGGGAGUUCAUUUUACCUUUCUUUUUACAGCUUCAGUCUGAGCCAAUUACAGAAGAUUACAUAAGAGUUAACUCAAGUAACCUAAUGUUUAUGAUUCCGAAUGUACUAAAAUUUGCUGGAGUGAAAAGUGUUAUUACAACAGUUCUUAAUGCAAGCUGUGCAACCAAUACACAAUCAUCUAUCAUCGAAAUUCAAGUAAAGUUAUACUUUCAAAAUGCAGCAGGACAUAUAUGGACAAAAAAUAAAUCAAUGGAGUUAGAUAUAUUCAAAAGCUGCAAAUUUUUUCGAACAUUUCAAACAGAUGUCUAUCAACUCGAUUAUCAAAUUGAGUCAUUUGUUAUCAAAGAGGAAAUAGUUCCAAAAAUGAAUACAUUUUUACAAACAUUGAGAAUGCUUCCAAAAGAAUAUGAAAUAUCAUUUGAAGUUUAUUUAACUUUGUUUUAUAAUAGCAUAAUAUCAAGCUUGCUUCAGUUUACAAUAGGAGAUAAAUCUCUUGCCUUUUUUGUUAGAACUGAAAAAUUGGAAGUUUGUUCAGCUUUCAAUGAUAGUUCAAUUUAUUGUGUACUUUCUCAACCAUUAAAACUUUUUGAUUGGAAUAAAGUAACAGUAAGUCAAUUUUCAUUUCUAGGAAAUUACCAUUGCACUGUAAAAAUCAAUAAUAAAACUAUAGCAACAGUAAUAAACAUUGGCGCACAAGUAUUUGAAAAUGUUAAAAUUUAUGCCAGCAAUAACUGGCAUGCUUCUCAACCAGCUUACAUAAAAAAACUUAUUGUUACAAACGCAUGUGCAGUUACUGAUUUGUACUGCAAACCUCUAUUGAAUGUAACAUUAAAUGGUACAGUAUUCAAAAACUUCUGGAAUCUUGAGCUUAAAGUAAGCUAUGCUUAUGAACCUGGUGAGCUAGCUGUAAAUAUUACUUGGAUAUACUUUUUACCUUUGUAUUUAAAAUUAGAAUUUGAAUCAACAUCAGAGGAUUGCAUAAAAGUUAAUUCUAAUUAUCUUCAAUAUAUGAUCCCUAACAGCUUAAAAAGCAUUGGAUUUAUUCAAAGUAUUAAUACAACAUUUCUUGAUAAUAGUUGUGAAUUUGGUACACACCUCAUUGAAAUCCCGGUAGAGUUUGAAUUCAAAAAUUCAUAUGGAGUUUCUUGGACAUCAUUCCAUUCAGUGAAGAAUAACAUAGCUGAAUUUUGCAAAAGGCUUUCAUGGAAAAAAUCUUUUAAAGAUAUCCGCCUAAAUGAAUAUUAUGGCCGUGGUAUAUAUUGGGAUUAUGUGAGUUUUCACCUUUAUCUUUGUAUAAACCAGCAGGUUACAAGUACAAAAAAAGCAUGCUACUACACGAAUGAUAAUGGUGUGCUAUGGGCAGGUAUGGAUAUACGCAUAGGUUCAGUUUUGGGUCAUCACAAUGAAACUAGAGAGCUUUAUGCUAUACAUAAAAAUCAGAAGGUUUAUAUGAUGUUUCACAAUACUUAUAAAAAAUGGUUAGCUGUAACUGUAAACGAGUUUCAAACAAAAAUCUCAAGUCACAUAAAUUGGAAAUUGUUGAAAACUUUAGAGAAAGAUUAUGAUCAAAUUUUGACUUUUGGAUCAAACCAAUGGAUGGAGGCCGGCGUCUGUGGCAUAAAAAUUAGGGAUGUACCGAAGCCAGGGUCAAGUUUUUUUAGUUAAUUAAAGGAAAUAGUGAUGGUUUAUACUUCAGAAACUCUACUAAAAAUAUCUGGAUUCAAAAGAAUUAGAUGAAUCUUUAAAGAAAAAAAAACAUUGUUUUUGAAAAUGUUUUAUAGUACUAUAAAAUCUGAAUAAAUCUGUGGCAAACAAAGACAAAGUUUUGUAAAAAGUUUUUGUAAAAAAAAAGUUUAACACAGUGUAAAAGCAACAAAAAUAAUUCGGUAGAUACACAAUAGUAGAAUGUAGUGAAAUUAAUAAAGUCUAUUUAUAUACAAAAUGUAGAUGUAAAGAUUACGGUACAUUUAUUCUUAGCUAGCUUUGUUUGAAUCUGGUGUAAAAAAAAAUGCAAAUUAUAAUCGCAAAGUAACACCAAAAAGUUAAAUAACAACUUGUGUAUUCACUAAUUAAAAAAAUAUUUGUUUCACCUAGACAGGUGAGCUUAGUUAUUUAUCUAUUCUGACGUGGUAAUAAAGUUUAUGAGUGGCUUUUUUUUUUGCUUUUUUUAACAGUAGACACUGUUGUGCGCUUUUAUUGCCAAAUUCUGUUAAAAUGUUGAUAUUUCAAUAUCGGGUUAUUUAGUUUACACCUAUUUGUACGAACCUUAUUAAUGGUGUAUUUGAAGACAAAGUCAAGAUCAAAAUUUGCUCGAAUGACAGAAGAAUUAACUAAUGUGAAGAAAAAUACAAAGUUAAUCGUAACUGAUGUUACCGAACUUAAAUCAAAAAGCGUAAUAUCGAGAUUAGAAAUGGAAGAAAUAAUUUACUGGUUAAUGAUACCUAUAAUUCUAAAAAUAAAAUAAAAAAAUUUUUUGCCGACUAGGAAUAGAAAAGGUUGUUAAGAUUUAACGUGCACAUCGAUAAUGUUGGUUUCUAAUGCGAAAUGUUGAUCACCAUUAUCAAACCAAUCACGAAUUAAAUCAUAAAGAAGUUGUAGGAAUUGAUGUUUAUAUUUUUUAAAAAAAUGUAUUUAAGGUAAAAAAGGUAUUAUGCUUAAUAAAUGAAAAUCAUUGA